AUGGUCAGGAUCCAGGCAAAGUUUGGCAACAGGAUAUCAAGCAGUGUAGAGCUGAGCGUGGUCACAAGGCAGGCUGGGAUCAGGAUAACAGAGAUUAAUCGCAGUCAAACAAGCCGGGUCAAACACAGGAAACAGAUCAGAUCACAGGAAGUCACGGGAACAGUAAAUAAUCCCCUGAAGAAGACCAAGAAAGGUCGAAACGCUGGUACAUGGAGAUGUGCAUCUUGCAAUGCAGAAGGAGAAAUACCACCUAAACAAAUGCACAAUGCUGAACCUGAAGCUUCAUUGAUGUCAGGACCUCAAGAGAAAAUGCACCAAGAAAGCAGCAAGGAUUGCCACGUGUUGCCAGAGAAACAUGGGACUUUCAGUGCAGUACAGGACAUAGAGUACAGUUGUGAUCAGCCGACCAUGUAUCAUCAGGCUACACCCCAGACAAAAAUCUGCUCCACAUCCCAGGCUUGUCCACAGCCACCACCACUACACAACUUCCAUCAGCUCAUACCUAAACUCCAGAAUGAGCCUCAGCUGUCAUCUCACAGUUGUCCCUCUGAAUCAUCUGGGCAGAAUUACCCACAGCUCCCAUUUGGGCAACAAAUGAGAAACUCACAGAAAAUUCCAACUACCACACAUGCUGUCCAGCGCUAUAUAGCAACAACUGCUCAGAUUCCUCCUCCCAACACUGACAGCAGUCACACACAUGCCACAUGUAACCACACUGAGACCAGACAUGAUUAUGGUGCAGUACAUCAGAGUGAAAGGCACCCUCUCCCUACCUCCAGAACAGAAGCUCCAGGGUCAUCAGCUCGGGCGGAAAUGGUCCAAAACUCUGGAACCUUACAGACAGAGGCACUAACUGAAACUAUUGGCAGCAACCUGACAUUGAGCCGACAUGAGCUGGAAUGUCUCAUCACUGAGUGGGCCUUCCAGAAUAUGAGCCGGCCAAUGAUGUGAUCUGAGAGCACCUUGAUUUCUGCCUUGAUUAAAGUAAUCUGAAGAACAAA